AAUCAGCCACCAUCUCCGUCAGUUGUCGGCUGGCCGCCGGUCUGUGCGUUUCGCCGGAAUAUGGCGAGUUCUCAGGCGGCGAGGCCUGAGAUAGAAGAGGAGAGGGAAGCUAAGAGGGCAAAGAUUGGUGAGGGAGAAGCUUUCAAUGGCUUAUCAGCUGAGGAGACAAAGAGCAUUGCGAUGUUUGUGAAGGUGAAAAUGGAAGGAUAUCCUGUAGGAAGGAAGAUUGAUCUUAGGGCUCAUUCUUCCUAUGAUUCACUCUCCCAUUCACUCAGAAUAAUGUUCAAAAAUGUCAUCUGUCUUGAUUACCCAAUUUCUGAAGAACAUAUUGGGGAAACUUUUAAUCGUGAAUAUCUUCUUCUUUAUGAAGACCAUGAAGGAGAUCGAAUGCUUGUUGGUGAUGUGCCAUGGGAGUAA